CGACGGUCACCCUCUCAUUCUCAGGUGAACUCUUCGCGCUUUCUUCAGUUUCCAUGUGAAAAGCAUUUCAAUGGUAGCUUAUGAAUGCGUGUUCAAUAUUAAUUAUACCUGUUCUGAGAACUUCAAUAAUGCAGAGAUCUUUCGGUUUUGCCGGUCAGCUCGUGAAGAGGCGACGAUUUUCGACAAAUUCUGAGAAAAUUGUAGCGUCUGUACUGUUCGAGAGGCUGCCAGUCGUGAUUCCGAAGAUUGACCCCGUCGUCUAUGCAUUUCAGGAGUUCAAGUUUAGGUGGCAACAGCAAUAUCGGCGCAGAUAUCCUGAAGAAUUUUUAGAUAAAGCUAAUGCCAGGGGAAAAGGUGACUACCAAAUUGAUUAUGUUCCAGCUCCACGGAUUACUGAAGCUGACAAAACAAAUGAUAGGAAGUCACUGCAGAGAGCGCUUGAUAGAAGACUUUAUCUUCUUCUCUAUGGUACCUCUAUUGGGGCACCUGACGAGAAACCUGUCUGGCACUUUCCAGAAAAAGUUUACGAGACCGAGGAGACAUUACGUAAAUGUGCAGAGUCUGCCCUAAAGUCCAUCCUUGGAGAUCUUUCUCAUACAUAUUUUGUCGGAAAUGCUCCAAUGGGUCAUAUGGUUGUACCUUCUACAGAAACUGCACAAGUUCCGCCUUUGAAGCGAUUCUUUUUCAAGUCUCAAGUGAUUGCAACCAAUAAAUUUAAUAUUGGGAAAUGUGAAGAUUUUGUAUGGGUUACAAAGGAUGAAUUGUUGGAGUAUUUUCCUGAUCAAGCUGAAUUUUUCAAGAAGAUGAUCAUCAGUUGAUGCUAGUAGAUUGACUGACCAUAUAAGAAGCCUCACAUAGAUUUGUUUCAAUCAACAAAUUUUCAUGGUCAUUGUAUAAGUGGCUAGAGGAUUGAGUUAUAAAAUGUUAGAUUAAGGAUUGAGUUAUAAAAUGUUAGAUUAAGGAUUGAGGCUGGAGGCUUUGUUUGUUCUGAUGUAAAAUGGAGAAGGAGGAUACAAUUUGGGAUCAGCACUUAGAUAAUUUCCCCUUAGCUGUUUCUUUGAUUAUUGGACAGUCAGGAUAAAUGGUUCGAUCCUCUUAUUUUGAUUUCUCGAGCCAAUGACAGCAAUUGUUAGUAUCGCCCAAAAAUUUUGAAUA